AUGUUUGAGCAAACAAAGGCCAUUAUCAUUGGAGGCGGACCAGCAGGCCUCGCAGCCGCCUUGUGUCUACACCAGCGAACGAACAUCAUCUGUAGCGUUUACGAGCUCCGUCCGGAACCCACGACUCUAGGUGGCGCCAUUGGAAUCCUACCCAACGGCCUUCGACUAUUACAUCGUCUGGGCGUACACGACAAGCUCAUGUCCCGCGGCAGUAGCCAUUCGAAUGUGGUCAUGCAUUCAAUGCAGGGCAGCGUCCUAGGUGAGCAGGACAUUACAGGCGCGGCGAGGGAGCAAACUGGGUUCGGGUACAUGCGGAUCAAGCGGACGGAUCUGCUUGAUGUGUUGCUUGAAGCGGUCCGCCACGCUAAGAUUCCUGUCCAUUACAACAAGGCGCUCACUUCUAUCACGAGCAAUGAAGAAGUUGUGGAGGCGACGUUCUCCGAUGGGACGACCGAUACUGCGGACCUCUUGCUCGGCUGUGAUGGCAUCCAUUCUUCCGUGCGGCGCCUUUACGUCGACCCCGCCAGGGCCCCGGAGUAUUCAGGGAUGGCGGGUAUUGGCUCCAUCAUCCCAGCUUCGCUGCUGACCGAGUCCGCGGCGUCGCAGCUCCGUGGUAUGCAUGUCACCAUGACGCAGGAUGGUCUGUUUAUGGCCAUGACAUGCACGGCGUCGGAUGAGGAGAUCUACUGGGGCUUCUCGAAGGAAGUUUCGCAACCAGAGUCGGGUGAUACCAGGGACGGAUGGGAAGUGCGUCGCAAGGAGGAAGUGGAGGGAUUCAAGUCGGCUCUGCUCGGAUUGCUGGAGAGCGCCGGUGGCGAAUGGGGCAGCAUGAUGAGGCAGAUGGUCGAUCACACGUCUGUCGUCAAGUUCUACCCCAUCUACAAACUGCCUCUUGGAGGGGCCUGGUCCAAAAACCGUUGCCUCCUCCUCGGCGACGCCGCCCACGCUAUGCCACCGCAUGCAGGCCAGGGUGUCUCCAUGGCGCUAGAGGAUGCGUUCUUGAUUUCGCGUCUCCUCAAGGACCGAACUCGUUCCCUCGGCGACGUCUAUAAAACCUUUGACAAGAUCAGGAGAAUUCGGGUGGACGAGAUUGCUACUCGAGCUGCGCAGAACGCGGACAUGAGAAAGAAGACCAGCCCUUGGGGCUUAUGGUUAAAGGAAAUUGGCAUCUGGAUGUACAUGCAUGGUCCUUGGGCUUUCGGGAUGGAUAAAUGGGGUUCGGAGCGGAAGCACAUGGUUUAUGAUAUUGACAAGGAGGAGCUCUGA